AUGCUAAAAGGCGCACUCCCACCAACAAUCAUCAUCGCAAUCCACCAAAGUAGCGCGAUCGCCAACAUCACCCUCACCAUCGGCUACCUAUCCGCCUUGAUAGCCGUCUCAGCACAAGCGCUGCUCCCCCGAGCAAAGUUCAUGAAAAUCAUCUUCUUCGAUCUGCUAUCAACCUGUGUCGCUGCGUCUCUCUGCUGCCUUGCUGUGUUCUGCGCUGUCAAGGCUCGAGGGCACAAUGUCUCGGGGAAUGCUCAGCAAGACACGUAUAGCUCCGACGCCUGUGCUGUUUCCGCAGUAUGGCUGAUCAUGAUGAUUUGGGGCGCGAACGCCCUCCGCGCGUGGAGGACGGCGGAGCUACAGGAUGCCAUGGUUGCGUUCUCAAUCUUCACGUGCGUCACUUUGACACGCGCAGGUACAUUUGUGACUGUCUCCGAUGGACUGGAGUUUAUUUUGAGGCUGUUGAAGGGGUUCAUGCUGGGAUUUGCGAUUGCGACGGGGGUUUCGUUGUUGGUUUACCCGGUUACUAGCCGAGGAUAUGUGUUCGAGGAUAUCCGACGAUAUGCGGCGCUAGUUGAGAAUGUGCUGGAGGCCCAGAGCGACUUCGUGAGGAAGAGCUCUAGUGUCUGGGCUGAUCUCGGAUGUCGACUUGAAAUGCAGCAGGAAACGGAUGGGACUUCGACAAUGGAGUCGAGGAAAGAACUUCAAGCGGCGAUAGCAGGACUGAAUGCGCUACAUGCGAAACUGCAGGCUGACCUUGUAUACUCGAAGGAUGAGAUUGCGUGGGGCAAGCUUUCGGCCAGCGACCUGAGUCAAAUCAGGGAUUGUCUGCGGAACCUGUUUCUGCCUCUUUCGGGCAUGGCAAUGCUUCCGGACAUACUAGAUAUGACCCCAGAGCAGGAAGCGCAGGAGGCCUCAAGGAACCAUACCGGAGAAAUGCCGUCCAGAACAGAUACUGAGCGUGUCACGUCUUCUCUUCACGGCCACCUUGAAGAGUGCUCAAAUCUAGUGAACAUUGGACUGCAAUACGCGCUUUUGAAGUUGGAACUUGUCAGAUUGAAACAUCUGCGCGGGAGAUUUCAGAACGAUGCAGAGGCGGGACAUAGUCUGAAUCCGAUGGACCAGCACUUCCCUGCACAGUAUCGGAAGCAGGUACAAGAGCACCACUCCAGAAGGACACACCUUUCACAAGCCCUCGUGUCUCCCGAUGCCUUUGCGUGGGAGACAAGGGACGGACCAUUAGACGACGCGACCGCUGGUACACUCGACGCCGAAGUCCGACAGGAAACCUUCACUGCACUAUAUAUCCUGCAACUUCAAGAUAAUCUGCUCAAGGCGACACAAGAGUUCAUGAUGUUUGCAGAAUCAAAAGUUGCAGACGGCACCAUGAGCCGAAACAGGGUUAUCCUACCCAUCCACUCAAUGCUCAAAUGGCUCUCAAUAACUCGUCAGGACAGUAACGGCCAACCGCUGUACCCAAAUCCCGAGCACCUCCCAGCAUUCACCACGUGGGAGAAAACAAGCAGCGUCCUUCCCAUCAUCUCACGAUUCCUCCAGUCUCCAGAAAGCAUAUUCGGCUUUCGCGUCGCGGCCGCUUCAUUCUGCGUUGGGAUCCUAGCCUACCUGCACCAAACGCAAGACUUCUUUAUACGCCAACGAUGCAUCUGGGCGAUGAUUGUGAUAGUCAUAGGCAUGAGUCCAACCAGCGGACAGACCUUGUUCGGGUUUAUGACGCGCAUUGCGGCUACGGUUGUCUCGCUCGCGUUAAGCCUGAUGGUGUGGUAUAUACCUGACCAACACACUGCCGGAGUGAUUGUCUUUCUCUACCUGGCGAAUGUUUUCGAGUACUACUUCUACGUCACCAAACCGCAACUAUUCGGGCCUUCCGUCAUCGCAAUCGUCACUCUGAAUGUAAUCGUCGGAUACGAGCUGCAGAUCCGCAAACUCGGCCUCGACGUCGGUACCUCCAACGGCCAGCCCUACUACCCAAUCUACCUGUUCGGCCCAUACAAGCUUCUCGCCGUCGCAGCCGGCUGCGCAAUCUCCUUCAUCUGGGUGAUCUUCCCCUACCCCGUGACAUCAAAACGCACUCUGCGUAAAUCCCUCGGAGAGGGACUACUUCUUCUCGCGCGGUUCUACAGCUGCAUGCACGCUAGCAUAGAGCUGCGGAUGAACGAGGAACUGCGCCCUGCGUCCGAUGCGCGGUCUGCAGCGCAGGAGUUACAGAAGAGCAGACAGAGACUUUUCGCGCAGGGGAUGGGCCUUUUGACGAGACUACGCACACUCAGCCACUUCACUACAUUUGAACCACGCAUCGGUGGGAAAUUUCCGAGAGAGGCAUAUGACGCUAUCAUAAACGAAGCUCAGCGGAUGUUCAUUAGCAUGGCGCUGAUGGCUCAGGCGGCACAGUCACUCCAUCUCCAGCCUCAGUCCCCGUCGACUCCCACGGAAAAUGCCAGCGCAGAAGAAAAAGGCAGAACCAAAUGGUCCGCCCGCCUCGCAGGAAUCGCCCUGCACUCUGCAGACUUCAAAUCGCACGCGACGACUUCUCUCCUGUGUCAUCUCGGCUCGGCCGUACUCAACGCCCAGCCCUUACCCCCGUACUUGUCUACCGGGACAUCAUUCCCGCUUGCGCGGUGGGUGCAACAGACGGACAGGGACUUGAUGAGCACGCGACACAUACAGGACCCGGCGUUCUCGGCGUUCGUGACGCUGGAGGUGUUGAGGUCUGUUGUUGGUGCUGGGCUUGGGGAAUUGCUUGGGAACGUGAAGGCCUUAGUUGGGGAGCUAUCUUUUGAGUUUCCUCUGGAGGGAGAAGAUGGGACCGAAAUGAGGCCGUUGAUGGAUGGUGUCGCAAGCAUGUAA